GAGCAGAUCAACUUCAGAGGGUAUCAAGAGGUCGCUGAGGAGUGUGGGACGGUGGCGGACUCUGUUAAUGUCUGCCUACUCAUUGGUAAGGUGCGUGUCCCCUGCGUCCGUGUCGGUCGCCCGUUUAGGAUUGCGCCUUAUGACACUAUUGCUCGUUUAAAACGCAAGGAAGGCACGUUGGGAACGAAAUCGGAAUUUUCCGCGCUUGCGCUGUCAUUUUCGUUUGUCGGUUCACCAACGUUGGAGCUUGCGCCGUAAUUGUCGAUGCAUUGAUAGCUAGCCAGCUAGUUAGCAGGAGAACUAGCCCAUUCGGUGGUUAACCAGUCAGCUGAAACUCUGAACUGUCAUUACCUCACGCUUAGUACGUUCAUUUUCCCCAACCGAACCGUUUAAUACUUACUGUACAUAUCCUGGUGUAUUAACGAACGACUCAAUCGGCAAAAGGGUGACUCGUGGGGGGCAGGGAGAGACCGACGGAGGCGCAGUGAGCCAGGAGCGGCCGAUGAGUUCAGACCAGGGCGGAGAGCCGCAGCUGCAGGAGGAGGCUGAGCCGGGACCCAAAACCCGUGGGGAGGAAGAGAUCACACCCGGGACCGGGGGAGACUCAGGCGUCAUGGUCACUGCUAAAGGAGCUGGUCUAAACCCUAAUGCCAAGGUGUGGCAGGAGAUCCCUGCAACACAAACUGAGGCUCCUGCGGAUGACACUGAGGCCUCCCCCUGGUCCCAGAACAAUAUGGCUGAAGGUAAACAAUACACACCAGGCUUUUCCCCAAUAGAGAACCACAGCAUCUCUAAUGCUGUAGUCGGUGUGGUGAAUGGUAUGGAUCCCCCUGACCAAAGCUUCUCGGUUUGUGAUCACACUACAGCAACUAAUGUGGAGUCCAAGAUCCCUGAGGAACAGCCUCUCUCUGAGGAGUCUUUGCGCGAGUCUCUUAAAAAAGAACUGGAGUUUUGUUUCUCCAGGGAGAACUUAUCUAAGGAUCUUUAUCUAAUAUCUCAAAUGGACAGUGACCAGUUUGUCCCCAUUUGGACUAUUGCCAGCAUGGAAGGAAUCAAAGUCCUCACAACUGACAUGGACCUGAUACUAGAAGUCCUGCGAUCAUCUCCUAUGGUCCAAGUUGACGAGAAGGGGGAGAAAGUGCGGCCAAAUCACAAGCGUUGCAUCAUUAUUCUACGAGAAGUCCCGGAGACGACACCUGUUGAGGAAGUGGAAGCCUUGUUUAAAAAUGACGACUGUCCUAAAGUAAUAAGUGUGGAGUUUGCACAUAACAACAACUGGUAUAUUACAUUCCAAUCCGAUACAGAUGCUCAACAGGCAUACAGAUAUUUAAGGGAAGAAGUAAAGACAUUUCAGGGAAAACCAAUUAUGGCCAGAAUUAAAGCCAUCAACACAUUCUUUGCCAAGAAUGGUUACCGCAGCCUGGACUGCAGUGUCUACCCUCAGCAAUCUCAUACACAGUCCCAGUACAGCUCCCCUCUCUUCAUGCAGCCCGUUUACAGUCCCCAGCAGCAGUACCCACUGUAUGGCAUAGUACCCCCGACCUGGACACCAUCUCCGACUCCAUACUUUGAGACUCCUCUGGCACCUUUUCCCAACAGUGGUUUCGUCAAUGGCUUUAGCUCACCUGGACACUACAAAAAUGGCUCAAAUUCUCUUAACCUUGGCCGUCCGUUCAGCAGGAACCGUGUUCCACUCUAUUCAAGAAAGAAUGUUAUAAAUGCCUUCAGGAACCACGUAAAGCCUCAAACGAGGACUAAUGAUGGACUGUCUUCCACUGUGAACCCCGUGGCUCUUGUAGAUGGACUGCCUGGCCUACACAGUCCACAGCUUUCCAACAGCAGUGGACCAGUGCUACCAUCCACUGAGCUUAACUCUUCUUUCUCACACCUCGCUUCCAAUGAGUCAGCUGAUGAUGGUACCUUGGGACGUGGAAGGAGAACGACGUACAGAGGCACUCGAAGACGACGAGAUGAUGACCGCACGGCAAAACCAGUUUCUCUGUCUCAAGUAAAAAUCCCACCCCCCAAGUUUGACCUGGCUGCCUCCAACUUCCCUCCGCUGCCUGGAUGCUCUGCCAGUCCGCAGGGGGAGCCUGUGUUGGAGAACCGCCUCUCUGAUGUUGUACGUGGCCUGAAUAGGGACAAGCAACAGGAUACAAACAAAGAGUCCACUGUGAGUCCCACAGGCCCAGCCACAGAGGAGACCGUCUCUAGGUCCAUCCAGCCUGUAGUCAAGACAACUGCGCAUGUCCCUGACCCUGUGACCUCCAGCUCGAACCCCCUGGAAAAGAAACUGGAGAAGGCGGAGCCUCCUGUCUAUAAAGAGAUGCCUGUGACUUCUGCCCCCGUCGCAGUGGUGACACCCACCCCUUCACAAACAGCACCUGGUCCGAAGCUUCAGUCCAACUCGACCACUCCUGCAGCCCCCCAGUCUAACACCGCCCCCUCAAGUACCCCGGUGCUGGAACCACGCAAGCUCAGUUAUGCUGAAGUAUGUCAGCGACCCCCUAAGGAUCCCCCUCCUCCAGCACCUGCUUCCAGCCCCAACAAUGCAACAGCACAGCCUCUAAGAGAGCUGCGUGUCAACAAGGUGGACGAGCAGCCCACCAGCCCUGCAAACAAACCGGAGCGGCCUCAGGAAACGGGGGGUAACUGCAAGGCCAGGGAGGGCCGACCGGCCCGUGACUCCCAAGGCUUUAGCCGCAGCAACGGACCCCCCAGAGCCAAUACAGGGGGGUUCAAGCUACGCGAGCAGCAGAGACGCCCUCCUUUUGGCCAUCGCGGUUCCCCCCAGGGAGGUUCCAGACACACUGGAAAAGAGCAGAACAUCCCACCCAUAUCGCCAAAGUAAAGACUAUGAAAAGAAAUCCUUAAUGUAUGAAUAUUUACCACACACACAUAUAUUAAGAUAUAUAUGUAAAUAUAUAUAAAUAUAUAUAUAAAGAGAUGAAAUAUGAUAUAAAAGUCCAAAUUUAAAAUGGUAUUCACCUCUUCUGCCUGGAGCACUUCCAGAGGAAAAGUCUCAUGAAGUGACAAUGCACAGACUGGGGUAUCCAGGCAAACGGGCAUCAGAAAUUGAAAGCAGUUAAUGCUUGCUGAAGGACGCCAUCAUAUAGGAAAAAAACACUUUAUGCUUCUAACUGGACAAUGUCCCUUCAGAAUGUAAAUCCAUGCUUUUUUUGUGGUUGUCCCUUGAAAGGAGGAUCGGCCUCUCUUAGCUCUUUUAUGAGGUGAAAAAGCAGGUGGUCCGAUGACCUCAUUGAUGAUGAGAUUGAUUGGUGGUCCGCAAAAGAGCAUAUGCACUAAGAAAUGGAACAUGCAUAAAAUAUGUGUCAUGUAUCUAUACAAAGAAAUCACUUUGACAUGCAACGAUUCAUCUUUUUUCAUUUCUUUUUGGUUGCUUCGUUUGCAAUCAUAGGACACCGGGGAUAUGACCUUAGGGUGGUUUGACCGUGUAAAUGAGAAAUGGUUUGCUGUAGAGUUAAUUUAGUUUUGGGAAAUAGAUCCCAAAUAUAUUCUAUGAUGAGAGCUUGAGUGGAUAGCUUUGCAUAUAUCUUUAAGGGGUGACAGUGAGGUUUGGUCUGGAGUUUUGCAUUAGUUUGUGUGACAUACUGUAGAUUUUGGUAAUUCUGUAUGCUGCAAGAAUCUGAUCGCUCGAAUUGAAAUAAACAACAAGCAUUACAGGCUGGAUAAAGAUCAGCUUUAAACCUUGUUAAUGAUUCUAAUAUAAAGCUUCCUGUCACUUCAUAAAGUCAAAGCGUGCCAGUUAUGAUGCUUGCUUAUGUGUCACUGAUUUGCUGAUGGGUGAUUGUUUAUUUUUUAUUUUUAAGUAGUUAGAGUAACCAACAGCCUGUGAAUAAUAACUUUUAACAGUCAGGUACAUAGGCACUCAUACUUUGUCAUCUCAGAUAUUUCUUUUAUCUUAUUUUUUUUGUAUUGUCCUCCCUGAACUGCUUCUACUCUUACAAAAAUUAACCAUGUUUUUUUUAUUUGUAGUAAAACCAUGGUUAAUUUUCAUAAGGGUAAGCGUGCUCGGAUAACCUGAUGAUCAGUCAGACUACGUUUACAACAUGGUGGUGGUUUGGUUUUUAAUGCGAGGAAGAGUCUAGAAUCAAGAUUGUCAAGUUAAUGUGUUUCUUUAUCAUAAGCGAUUUCAAGAUGGUUGGUGAGCUGUGGAUAGAUUGGAUGGUCAUAGUGAUAUAGGUCAUAAAAGACUAAAGUUUAGUCCUGUCCGUUAUUGAUGAGCCUGAUACAGUGAAAAUAACAAAAUAUGGUAACCUCUGAUAUAUCAAUGCUUGCUGCAAUUGAUUCAAAAUUAGGGCUCAAUCAGCGCACCUAUUUUUGUUUUUGUUGGGCCUUUGCUGGGCAGAAGAGUCCGUAGUAGGCCUACUGGUCCCUGUUAAAAUCAUGCUAAAAAGAUGAUUAGUUAUUUUUGGUCAUGCACGUAUUUAACGCUCAGAGUUGAUUCUCUGGCUCAGGAUGACAAAUCUCAUCUCGCUGUCCAUUCCUGUUAGUUACAGCAUCGUCACACUUUUCUAUGAACUUCCAACUUGGCAACGCUUUAAUAUUGUAAAUACCAGGCACAGUCAUUUCAUGCCAUUUUGUAGUUUUAAGGUGACGAGGUUCGUAGGAGAAUUGAAUGUUAAAACGCUCGGUGUCCCGUGAAUGUGUCCUCCAUGAAUUGUAAUACAAUUUUCUUAUUUAAGCUAUUAUGUUUCUUCCCUAAAGAGUGUUUUUGACUGUUGACAAACAGCAAUAUCUGGGGAAUAAUCCUCUUGAAACAAGGUUUCUUAUAGGUCUGCCAUUGUAACGUGAGUGUCUUCGUUGCUUUUGCCAAUGCCAGUGUAUUGAUUCUGAUAGGGUGGCAUGUGUUUUGGCAAUUACAGAUUGACAGUAGCUUUUGUAGGUGGUACCUGACAGUGACUGAGUUGUGCGAAAACCAUUAACUUGAGGAAUGUGAGAAGCAGGGAUGCGUUCACUACAAAAGAAAGCGCUGUAAUGAAUUGGUGCUGUUAUUUGGAAGUUUAAUCAGGAGGAUACAGUAUUGCUGUUAAAUUCAUUGUAAGUAUUGCUUUUAAAAUUUGAUUUUAAUUUAUUUUAAUCCUGCUGUCCAUCCCCCACACAACCCCCUAUACUUGUAACUUGUUAUCAUGACUAUGUACAAUGAGAUAUUGGGAGAAAAUCACAGAUUUAACAUAUUUGUAUAUUUUUUUUUGAAAUUUCAGCCGAGAAAAUACUUGAUGCAUUUACUAGAGGCUUAGUAAUGCGGUAAAUAACACAUCACUGGGGCUUUUUUUCUUGUUUUCAUUAAUGAAUAUGAGCAGCUAGUGGUUUAGCAUAAUGAAAUGCACUAACUUGUUAAAAAACCCUUAUUGUUAUGUAAUGUGAAAUUAUACUAGGAGCAUAAGGUAAUGAUAUUGAUGUUGACAGGCUUGCAAAAAUCUACCGAAAAUAGCAAAUUUCUCUUUAAUGUUUGGGUUAUUAUUGUUAAUUGAUUUAGGGGUUGGUGUGGCAAAGGGGAAAAUUAUAUAACAUUGGAUUGAAGUGUACGAGACACUAAAUUCUAGCUGUCUGCAUAAAAUGUCACAAAAAGAAAAUAAAUUAUUUUGUUUUGGCCUUA